AUAUGACUUGUGAAUGUAAGGUGAAAAAAAAGGGUAAAAUAAUGUUAUUACCAAUCACAAGCCUUCACUGCAAAACUCACCUGAGAGUUCAAAAUGACUGCACAAGGGCUAUCUUUUAAUGUAUACAUGAUAUGCAUAUGUUAAACAUUGUUAGGCUAUUUUUGUUGCAACAAAAACAUGGGCAUGGCUUGAGACUCUUUCCAUGAAGACCCUACCAACAUGGCUGACGUAAAUUAUUGCCUGGCUGAUGCGCACCCUGGUGGUCAUUUUGGGCAUAGUGCUGCAGAAGUAGGCCUACGGCAAAUGGAAGAAGGAUAGGCUGUGGGGAAAGGUUAGGCUGCUAGUCAGACACAGAUGCCGGUUGUUGAAAUGGCACAUCAUGGCCAUCCCUGCCACAUAUUGCAGUCCACUGAAAAUUCGCGGUCUCUUUCAAUUUUGUUAUCGCACCAAAUUGCAGAUGACGUGGAAUAUUGCGGACAGGCGUGAGUUCAGCUGCUCGGUGGCUACAAGUUAUCCUGCUGCAGUUCUGUCUGGCACAGCAAUUGCCCGGCAGAUCCAUAAAGAGAUACAGGCCAGUGUGGAACAGUUAGUGGCUCAAGGAAACAGACGACCUCACCUGGCCGUGAUCCUGGUAGGAGAUGAUCCAGCGAGCAGAGUGUACGUCAGAAACAAGACCAGAGCUGCCUCAUUGCUAGGCAUCUCCAGCAGUGCUCUGCUGCGACCUGCUGGUGUGAGUCAGGCAGAGCUGCUGGAUUUGAUCGAUCAGAUGAACAGAGACUGGAGAGUCAGUGGCCUACUGGUGCAGCUGCCACUACCAGGGCACAUUAAUGAGAGGGCUGUGUGCAACGCCAUUGCCCCAGAGAAGGAUGUUGACGGGUUUCACAUUGUGAACAUUGGGAAGCUUGUGCUGGAUCAAAGAACAAUGGUUCCGGCAACACCCGCAGCUGUGUGGGAGAUCAUCAAACGCACAGGCAUUGAGACAGUGGGCAAAAAUGUGCUGGUGGUCGGACGCUCCAAGAACGUGGGAAUGCCGAUUGCAAUGCUGCUGCACUCAGACAGAAACCAUGAGCGUCCUGGAGGGGAUGCAACUGUGACCAUCGCCCACAGAUGCACUCCUCGCGACCAGCUUGCACAUCACUGCCGGUUGGCGGACAUCGUCAUUGCCGCUGCAGGUGUUCCACAGCUAAUAACGGCAGACAUGGUAAAGGAGGGAGCUGUUGUCAUUGAUGUGGGCAUCAAUCGCAUCCAUGAGACCGGUUCUGGUAGGAUCCGCCUGGUUGGAGAUGUCGACUUUGAAGGUGUGCAGCAAAAAGCAGGCUUUAUUACUCCAGUUCCUGGAGGGGUUGGUCCAGUGACCAUCGCCAUGGUGAUGAAAAAUACUGUUACUGCAGCAAGAAAUGCUUUGGCACACUGAAACAUGGAAACAGACAAACACACCGUACACAUAUUACACCGUGACAACUAUUAUAAGUAUUCAAUGCUUGAAGAAACAGACAAAUGUCUGAUGGAACCAGAUGACAAAACGUAUCACAGAUUUUUCUGUGCCACUCUGUGUGUGUAAAUGUGAGGUCUGAAUGAUCUGUAUAUGUCUGUUUAUGUUGUGUUUUAUUUAUGGGGUAUUAGGGUAGGCCAAUAUUAAUGCUUAUUAAGAGGUCAUUUUGUUCCAGUGUCCAUGGUAUGCUUGAAUAUGCUUGUUGUUAAGAAAUAGUUUUGAAAUGUUGUUAUGGUGAAGUCAUGGAGAAAUGUCAUUCUGAUAUUGUUAAAUGAGAAUAUAGAGCCUCUGUUGUACCAAACUGGGAUCUGGGAUAUUGGUUUCUGUACAAUAAAACAUCAGGUUAUUCACACA